AUGGAUGUGACGGACCGGCUGUGGCGGCUGCAGCGGCUGUGCAACAUGACCACAUAUGAGCGCAGCAUGGAGGCGCUCUGUGAGCUCCAGCAGGAGCAGGCGCCUGGUGCAGCGUGCCGCCUGCUCGUGGAGAGCUGGUUCAAUGAGGGCUGCAUUAAUGCAGCACAGCAAGCAGAUGCCAAGCAGCUGCACCCCGCCUGCAUCGCCACAUGCAAUGAUAGCCAGUGCGAAGCCAUUCAGGCCGCGGCUGCACAGCCUCUGACGCUCAUCCACGGUCCCCCCGGCACCGGGAAGACCCACACCAUCGCCCACCUGCUGGAGAAUCUGUUCCAGAAGCGGCAGGAAACUCCAGUGCUGGUCACAGCUGGCACCAACGUGGCUGUGGACAACAUCCUGCGCAAGCUGCUCUCCUGCCUGGGCGCCGCCAGCAGCCAGGCACAGCCAGGGCGCCUGCUGCGAGUCGGCGACGCUGGCAAUGUGGGCAAGGACCUGCAGAGGUACUGCCUGGAGGCACAGGAGGGCCUGCGCUCGCCCUACGGCUUCGACUCGCGCCGAGUGCGCAAGGCGCUGCGCCAUGCUCUGGCGGUAUUCACUACCUGCACAGGCACCGGCUCGAAGCUGCUGGACGGCUGCCGCUUUGGCGCCGUGGUGGUGGACGAGGCCUCCCAGGUUCUGUUUGAAAAGGCUCUGAAAUUUCGGCUGGACAUCUCCCUGUUUGAGCGCUGCAGCCAGUCGCUGCAGCCGCUGCUGCUGGACACUCAGUACCGCAUGCACCCAGCGAUUGCCUCCUUUCCAAACUCGACUUUCUAUGGGGGCAGGCUGCGCAGCAGCCCCACCACAGGCGCCAGCACACCGCCCCCACCCUUGCCCGCCCCAGUCACCUUCAUCAACGUGGCAGAUGGGCGGGAGUCUCUUGGCAGCUCAAAGUACAAUGCCAGGGAAGCAGAUGCAGUUGUUGGCCUGCUAAGGCAGCUGCUCGGCAGACGCAGUGGCAGCAGCGAUUGCGGCACAGUCGGGGGAGCAGACAUCGGUGUUGUGACCCCCUACCGAGCCCAGGCUGAGCAGCUGCGCAGGCGGACGCAGCAGCUGUGGCCUGAGCUGGAGAUCUCAACCGUGGAUGCUUUCCAGGGGCGAGAAAAGGAAGUCAUCAUCAUCAGCCCAGUGCGUGCCAACAGCUGCGAGCGGCUGGGCUUUGUGUCGGACCGCCGCCGGCUCAACGUGGCCCUCACCCGCGCCAUGCGGGCUGUGGUGGUUGUGGGCCACCGGGAAACACUGAGCACCAGCCCGCUGUGGCGCAGCUGGAUUGAGCAGGCCACGCAUGCGCUGUAG